CUACAGAUACAGAUCUAAAGCACAAGCAGGUAGCGAACGUUCAUACGAAUGGACGAAUGGCCGAAUGAACGCUUCAGUCGAAGGAAAACAAUUGUGGUGCGCGUUUCAUGGUGGCGGAAAAAUUCCAGAGCGAACGUUGGUGACGAAAACGAAGUGUCUAUUCGAAUGUUUGUUUGUGCGUGUAUGCUCAAUUCACAGCAGUCUUCGAGUGCUUUUCUAUACAAUAACAAGUCAUAACUAGUUGGCGGGAAUUCCAAUAAACGCACAAAAUCAUUUCCAAGCAAAGAAAAGUGAAAAACCGUGGAAGUAAAAAAUUAAACCUAUCGAGCAUCAGUAACAUACUAGCCUGACCAACUGUUUUCAGUGACGACUACAAAUAGGCACCAGUCACUCACUCAUCGGCAUCAUCCAGUCAUUCACUUCACGCGCAGCCAUUUCCCACCCAUCCAUCUAUCAAUAGCAGCUUUUCAAUAGCAGAUAUCAUCACACGUCAUAACGUUUUAACUCAGGCGUGCAGUAACAGCAACAGCAACAGCAACAGCAGGAACAUCGGCGAAGCAUUUGCAUCAAUCGACAGUUUCUUCAUUCCUUGGUAGUGUCAGUAAAAAACUUUCAAAAUUCCUUGCUGUAGUAUGGAUACAAAUUCUGUAAGUCCACUGCCACCACCGGAAGCACCACUGGCUAUGAUGGAAGUUGAAAAAACGCCACCUGGGACACCAACAACAAACGAUAUGCCACCACCACCGGAUGAAGAAAAACGCUAUGAGGAGGAUUCGGAGAAUGCCUGGAACUGUGGCUCGUGGUUCGAGUACUUGCUCAUUGUCAUACUCUCGACCAUUUUGUUGGUGGGCGUAUUAGUGCUCACUCUCUUCUGGAUACUCUUCUAUCGCGGCGGCUUUGCAUGGUCGGACAAUCCAACGUUGCAAUUCAAUUUGCAUCCCACCCUAAUGAUGGCGGGCUUCAUAACGCUAUCGGGAUUUUCAAUUUUGCUCUAUCGUCUAUGCCGCUGUUUGAAACACAUUUAUGUUAAGCUGAUUCAUAUGUUCUUUCACGCCUGCGCCAUACCGUGUGUGGCUUUGGGAUUUCUGUCCGUCUUCGAUUCGCACAAUUUGUCGGAGCCGCCUAAAGUGAAUUUCUACAGUUUGCAUUCGUGGUUGGGUUUUGUCACCAUGGGAAUGUUCGUGCUGCAAUUCGUUGUUGGAUUCUUCAGUUUCUUGGUAUUGCUAUGCUGUGAGAAUCGCACCUAUAAGUGUCGCAGCAUUAUGGUUCCGGUGCACGCCAGUUUCGGUCUAGCGAAUUUUAUGUUGGCAAUCGCCACUUGCAUCACUGGCCUGGUGGAAUACGAGCGUCAGAAUGCGGGUGAUGCUGUUUUAAGCUCACGCAACUCCGAAAUCGAGCACUACAUUAUGAACUCACUGGGUAUCGUCUUGGUUGCCAUUGGUAUCAUUGUCUCGGUCGCUGUGCGACGAUCGAAUGCACCAGCCACUGCCAAAGUCUACGUCACCGAACGUUGCUGAAUACAUUUAUAAAUUUAAUUAGAAAUCAUUUUGUUUUUUUCUUUGGAAAGCUGUUAAUGCGACUAAACUUGAAAAAAAAAAUUUAAUAAAAAAAUAAAUGGAUAAGAUUUCUGUUGAGCAAAAGCAAUGGAAAUCAAAUUUAUUUUCUAAUGUUUAUGCAUAAGUGAACUACUUAGAGCAAAAAACCGAAAUAUUUAAUGAAUUUCGAAAAAAUUCCACUCCUUAUCUAAAUAUAUUCUAAAAUUUAAUUUUUACAGCAAAAACCUGCCAAAUCGUCAAUGAUUAUUUUUUUUCUAUAGACAAACAAACAGUAAUCAGUGAAAACCCACCCAAAGGCCAAAUGCGAAAAAUGCAAUGCAGGCGCGGAUAAAUGCAUAAAAUAAGAAUAAAAAAACAAAUACCAAAAUAUACCACAAUGAAGCACAAAUUAUUGCAAUUAAAAAAAAAAAUGAAAAUCAAAAUUUGAAAUAAUCAACAAUUUCAUAAAAAAUAAUCAAAAAUUAGUAGUCAAAAUUCAAAUUGAGAAUCAAAUAUUUAUCAUAAAUAAAUACACACGUACAUACAUAUGUAAUUAAAACGAAAAGCAUCGUAUCGCUAAGUAGCCCAGUAUUUGCAGUACUCAUACGACAUGUCGUCCACAACGAUUAUUAUAAAUAAAACAAAGCAAAAAUAUUGGCAAAGCUCCCUCGGAGCAAGAAAACAGAAAAUACUAUAUGCAUACAUAUGUAAAAGUUAAAUUAAAUUAAAAAUUGUGUUUUAUGAAAAUUCCAAAAAUCAUUAAAUUUUAAGUCAUAAAAGUAGUUGAAGUGUUUCUUUUUUUGUUUUUGUUUUUAUAUGACUAUAUUCAGAUACAUUUAUUAUAAUAAAAGCAUAAUAGCAUGCAUGCAUCCUGCUGUGUGCUGCUAAAACUGCUAAAACAUACAUACAUACAUACUUAUACAUUAAUCUAAGCAAUAUAUAAAUACAUGAAAAUAUUUCAAUUGAAUACCAAUAAAAAUAAAAGUCCCUUUUGUA